GUUGUAAGCUGUAUUUAACAGUCAUCUGCAAUUAUUCAUAGGUGCUGUUGGUAAGCAGUAGCCGAUACCCAGAUCAGUGGAUUGUGCCAGGUGGAGGAAUGGAACCAGAAGAAGAACCCGGGGGAGCAGCAGUCAGAGAGGUGUAUGAAGAGGCUGGAGUAAAGGGAAAACUAGGCAGACUGCUUGGGAUAUUUGAGCAGAACCAGGAUCGGAAGCAUAGGACAUAUGUUUAUGUUCUUACUGUGACGGAAAUACUGGAAGACUGGGAGGAUUCAGUUAAUAUAGGAAGGAAAAGAGAAUGGUUUAAAGUAGAAGAUGCAAUCAAGGUCCUUCAGUGUCACAAGCCUGUUCAUGCAGAGUACUUGGAAAAACUGAAACUGAGCUGUUCGCCCACUAAUGGAAACUCUGUGGUUCCCCCUCUUCCAGAUAGUAACUCCUUAUAUGUCACUUCUGCACAGACUUCUGGGUUGCCCUCUACUGUGAGAUAAACGUUUGGAUUACCUCUUUAUUCAUGUCAUCACAAGGGGAGACAUCUUUGAUCACAUGUAGGCAUCUGUAUAAGUGUCAAUUCUAAGUGAAAUAUGUGAAUGUGUCAUAAUGUUGAGUUUAUUUGAACAUGUUUUUCCUUUUUAACAAUGUAAAAUAGUAUUUCAGCAAACCAAAGCCAUAUAUGGAUUUUUUUAAGAUGCCUUAGUAGGCCAUUUUUAAAAAGAAAUUAAGAAACUUGAGUAUAUAAAUUUCUGUAUCUGCUAAAAUAAAAUAUGCAUCUCAGUGGUGUUCAGCUUAUUCAAGACUUGUCAGCUAGUCAGCAGUUCUACAAGAGUACUUGCUAUAGAAAAGCUUGAGCAAAUAGUCUUAUACUAAACUCUUACUUGGUAUCCACAAAUGAAGCACUAAGAACUGAAGAUGGCAGUGUUGGGGAAAUGAGUGUGGUGAAGGCAGAGAUGCAUAAGUGUGACUACAAUAAAGCACUAAACCAUGCCGAGCCUGUCAAGAGCAAAGGAUACCUUCCUAAAGCACUGCUUGCCUCAGUCAUCCAAAAGGUUGCCUUAUCCUAUGCAAUCUUCACAUAAUGUAGAAAUAGAGCAAGGACGGUAUUUUGUGUCUUGUGACUACCAAAACCAUUCGCUGUACUUUUGUUAUUUGGUCAGCUGAUGAACUGUCAGAAGAUACAUGCAGAAAGUGUUGUGGAUUUCCCCCGCCCUCACCUCCUGUUUUUCCUUUUAGCAUUUGGAUACUUGGAUACACAUCCUGUUCAUGGUGCAACUGCACUCCGGGUUCCAAAAACUUCUAACCUUCAGUGACAAGCAUCUUACCUAGCGUUCAUGCAGUUUGUUGUCCUUCAAAAAUACUUAAAGGAAAAUAAGGCUUACUCAGUGGGCACCUAUAUGUUACAGAGGUGUCUGGUAGCAAGCAUGUGUUGAGGUGUCUUGCCCAGCAGGAACCAGCUGGGGUUCUUCCUGGGCCUUGGAGGCAUGUGGGCUGAUACACUAAUAGAAGAAUAAUAUUCCUUUGUCUUAUACAGAAGGUAUGCUGAACCCCCCCCCCUUUUUUUUUUUUAAUUUAGCUCUUAAAUACUUCAAUUUUACUGUUUUAACAUCAAUUGCUUUAGCUUUUUGAAUUAAAAGCUGACCUCUUGAUAAAAACCUACCUGGAAGGAAUGAGGUACAGCUGACAACUUUUUUGUGUUUCAUUAUUGUCUUCUUUUUUCAGCCAAAAAGAUGAAACCUAAAUCCACUGUAGGUCUUAAUGUUUUUACUGUAGGGUUAUUCUCUGUCUCUCUUGCUCUCUCUCUCCCUCUCUGUGUAUGUAUGUUUGUGUGUGGUUUUCUUCUACAGGAACACAAUCUAAUUCAUAUGAACACCCUAAUUCUGAUUUUUUUUGUAGGAUCUAAACCCAACUAUACCUCCUCUCCAGCCAAUCCAAACAGGUUGAGGUAAAGCUUUACCUCGCAUGUGAAGUUUGUUCUGGGUAUAGCUCAUUCUCUUCAUAGCAUUGGAACCUUUGUAAAUAGUCCAACUAGUAAAUAGUGAGUGUAAAAUGGAAAAUAAAUGUAAUUUAAACCUUUUGUUACUCAAUACACAAUGGUUAACUUCUACUUUUUUAACACAAAUUGUGUAAAAUGCUGCUAUAAAUUAAACUUUUUUGUGCUGUUACACUUUUUUAGGAAAAAAUGUUGUUGCCAGAAGUUACUCCUUAGAAAAAUAAUCCUGUGCCAUAUGUAAAUGCAGUGAAACUAGGGAGACAGAUGUUCUGAUCUCUAAAUGCUGCUCUCUUUGAAGAGGCAUAAAUACUACUGACAAGAGGCAUGAGCCACAAAGCUGAGGACUUGUGAAAUGGUGGUAGGGUGUGUGUUCUUCAUCCCUCUGUCCAGGUCACUUCCAGAACUGGAAGGAACACACGACUCUGAGGCGCAUCUAAACGUGGAGGUGUUGUUGCAAGUAGCUUGUCCUUGCUUUCAGUCAUGAGGUGAGAGGCUAAACUCUCAGUGGUGUCAAAAGUAAGGUUCUGCUAGGCAAAACAGAAGAAGGUGGAGUUGAGCAUUUUGAUGAAUGUCUAAUCUUUGUUAAAAUUAUACCUAGGGUGUGUAAGGGCACCUCUGGCUCUAAAGCUGCCUUUAAAAGAGUGGAAGAUUUAGCUCUCUUUUUUGGUCACUUACUUUUGAUGCUUUAUUUGUUCAGUAGUCAUUUUAACACUUUAAAUUGAGCAAACUUGUACAGGCUUUCUUGUAACAAGAUUCUAUAGAAUAUGUGAAAGCUAAAACAAGAAUCCAGAGAAUUCUUACUCAUAAAAAUGCUUCUGUCUCAGUUUCAGAUUCUUGGAAUAAAACCAAUCCAAGCUUGUAUAAGAUUUAGUGAUAAUGCAUGAUCUUAUUUUGUAACUCUUGAAUUAUGUAUUUGAUAAUGUAAAAAUGUACAGUAUUGCUGUUGCUAACAAACUCAGCUGAUUGCCUAUAAAUAUUUUGGUUAUUUUUUGGUCACACAUUUGAUCUGUUCAGUAUUGCCAGAUGGAUUUUUUUUUUAGCAGCAUUCAUUGUAUAAAUCUCUUCGGUCUCUAUGCAACCUUCAGAAUGAAGCUCUGUAUUGCUUAGUUUGACUUCUACUCCGUGUCAGAGCAAUGGUCCGUGAAUUGUACAAACCUUGACAGUAAAGGUAAAUUGCAAACAUCUUAGUUUUGCCGCAAGAAAAUUACUUCAGAAAAUGAGCAGUGGUAUGGUUUUAAUCUAAAUUAAAACUGACCUAGACUUCACCAGGAAGUGUUUGUUCAAAAACCAAUUGGAAAGCUACCUUUUUUCUAGUACCUACCACUUUAAAUGUAAAACCAUUCUGCUUGUCCAUGCAUCUCUCUUUAGAUGGACUAAACCUGUUGUGUACAGAGCAGAUGGGGGAUUGUUCUCAUGCCAUAAAUUCUGUACAACGCAGCCAGAUCUGGUUCCGCAGAGGAAAAGGGUUAGGGACAUUAUCUGCAUGUUUCAGAACCCUAAGCUUGUACCACUGCUCUUCCUACCUGUUAAGUUUGGAGAUUAUUAUAACUUAGAUUAUGGUGGUAUCAAACAAAUAGCCUUAAACUUUCAAAACAUGUGAAGCCAGAGCUAAGGGGAAGGGAUAUAUUAAACACCAGAAGAAAUACUGAAGUACUGCACAGAGGCUGCUAAAGUGAAAAAUCUUAUUUUGGUGCUUACUGCACCCUGAGUUAACCUUUUAAUGGUCUGUUAACAAUGUGCUGUAAAAAAAAAAAAAAGCCAACACUUGGUUUAAUUACCAACAUGGUUUGUGAAGUGAAAACUGAAGGGAAGGGAUGGGGGGUGGGGGGUAAAAUAAGCUGUAAACAUUUUGACCUGCUUGCAUGGAUUUUCUUUAAAGAUUGAUGUAAGAAUUUUGACUUUUUAUAUUUGAGAAAUACCAAAAUAAAAUCUAAAUUAGCCCAGUG